UUCCCAAACAAGCGCAGUAUUCAAAAUGGCGGCUGUAUUGUCCUUUCUUCACGUUUUAGUUUUUGUUGUUGUUUUUAGCUUUUUAUCCGCAGAAGAUGAACUAAAAACUCUUGAUGAUAUCAACUUUGAGCAUCUCACACAAGCUUCUACGGGUGCUACUACUGGGGAUUGGUUGAUUGUUUUCUCAAGGGACCAUAAUGACUGUUCCCAGUGUAAGGAUGUGGAAAAUAUAUUCAUAAAGCUCAGUGCCAAAUUUCAACAUAAGCUAAAUAUAGCAAAAGUACUACCAUCAAGCAAAUUGACCAUAAAAAGAUUUGAAAUUACCAAAUGGCCAGCUGUUUCUCUGUUUCACCAUGGACAUCAAUAUUACUACACUAGUGAUCAAUAUUCAGAAGAGUCUUUGACGGUUUUCUCAAAAGACUACGAUAAACAACCAAACAGAAAAGUCCCUGAUCCAAUCACAAUGUUUGAUGUUAUUGUUGAAGACAUAAUGGAUGAUGUUAAGCACGUCAUCCAUGUGCGGAAGAAUGCCGCCUUAAUAAUAUUCUUUUCUGGUAUUCUAUUUGGUUUGAUGUUGAUGCCCAUCUUGAAAUGCGUCGCUGACUUUCUCAUCUCGACGUUCAGUCACGAUGAAGAAGAUGAUGAGGAUGAAAAAGAAGAUGAAGACAAUGAAGUAGAAGAAAAGGAAGAAGAGAAAAGCAAAGAACAAAAGAAAGAUGAUUAAAAUCUUCGUUGUUGUGUGAUCUGUGUUGUAUGUCGCAUAUUUCUAGUGUUAUCAUCGUUUGUCAAUUAAAAAAAAAAAUCAUUUUCUAUU